GGCGUGAAGCUCGGUGAAGACAGCCGUGAGGAGUUUCUCCGGAGUGGGCGGACGCUAAGAUAAGAGCUCGACGGUCCUCACGUGCAGAUAAGAGCAUCCAUUCUUAGAUAAGCAAGGCUUCUGCAACGGCUCCGUGUUGGUUGAUUUACUUCAUUCACCAUGUCUUCCAUAUACACUCAUACAGUUUCUGGACGUUCAAGGAAGCUGUCAACUGCCGCCUUUGUAGACCCAACGCUCUGCACACUCUAUCUUUCUAAUCUGUGCCCGUGAAUGAUGACGGAGAUAAUCAUGGAGCAGAACCCUCCUGUCCUGCAAGGCCCUUCCGAAAAGGAAAAGAAAUAUGAUCGACAGCUACGAUUGUGGGCUGCUUCUGGGCAGGCAGCUCUGGAGAAUGCCAAUCUGUUACUGUUGAACUCUGGCUCUGGAACAGUCGGUGUUGAGACUCUAAAGAACUUAGUUCUUCCAGGCAUUGGAAAGUUUACAAUUGCGGACGAAGAACUCGUGAAUGAGGCUGAUUUGGGUGUCAAUUUCUUUCUUGAUGAAGAUAGUUUGGGAAAAUCAAGGGCAGAACAAUGUGUGAAACUUUUACAAGAGCUGAAUCCAGAUGUGAAGGGAGACUGGUAUCCAAAGCUCAAGGGCGAUAAACUCGACCAGUUGUUUGCGGAAGAUCACGAAGAAAAAUAUACAUUGAUAAUAUACUCAUUUCCAAUCGAUCCCAGAAUCCUCGACCUUGCGGAGAAAUACAGCACGUCGCAGAACGUGCCUCUCAUCAGCAUACACUCCGCAGGCUUUUACUCAUAUUUCAAAACGCAUCUACCAGGGAACUUCCCUAUUGUUGACACUCACCCAGAUCCAGCCGCGACAACAGAUUUACGACUUUUAAAGCCAUGGCCAGAACUUUCGAGUUUUGCAGCUGAUUUAACCAAAGACAUCGACACUCUUAGCGAUCAUGAGCAUGGCCAUAUACCUUACUUAGUUCUGCUCUUGCAUUUCUUGGAAAAAUGGAAAGAAGAAAAUGGCUCUUAUCCGACGUCAUAUAAAGACAAAACAGCGUUCAGGACGACUGUGACAAACGGCACAAGAAGAAAUAAUGCCGAAGGUGGAGAGGAGAACUUCGAUGAAGCUGUUGCAGCUGUGAUGAAAAACAUAUCCGUACAAGAUCUGAAAAGUUCCGUGAAGGAAGUUUUCGACUACACACCAACCGAAGCAGAAUCCAACUCGGAUUUUUGGAUUAUCGCUCAUGCUGUGAAGAAGUUUUAUGAAAAGCACAAUGCGCUCCCACUUCCGGGAUCAGUUCCAGACAUGAAGGCUCAGUCGAGUACAUAUGUACAACUUCAGAACAUUUAUAAAGCAAAAGCUCGACAAGACGUACAGGAAGUACUGGAGACUAUCCAGGCACAUUCACGUAGUAAUGAGAUUAAAACAGAGGAAGUAGAGGUGUUCUGCAAGAAUGCUGCUUUCGUCAAGCUUAUUCGAGGCUCGGAUCCGACAAUAGAUCUACAAAAGAUAGCAAAUUCGGAAUCAUUAAAUGAUGAAAACGCUCCUUUCACGAUGAUGCCAUUAUCAAACUUCCCUAUUUACUUGGCUCUUCACGCAACUGCCCAUGUAGCAGUCGCUACUUCAUCUGAGAUCUUAGCUCAAAUCGACGAAGAAGUACCAAAUGCAUCCUCCAAUAUACGUGUCCAGAAAGCUGCCGAAGAAGUAUCACGAGCCAAAGGAGGUGAAUUACACAACAUUUCUUCGUUGACUGGAGGGAUGGUUGCACAAGAAAUCAUCAAAAUCAUCACUAAACAAUAUGUACCGAUCGACAACACAUGCAUAUUUGAUGGUAUCACGAGUAGAGCACAAGUUUUAAGGAUCUAAUUGAAUAAAGUCUACCUAAUCUGAGACUAGCGAAUAUGGGUGUUUCGCGAAAGGUUAUAGGAGCAUAUGAUUCAGGGAUGGGAAUGCUAUGCAUAUCGAGAUGUGGAGGGGUAGAUAAGAUUAACGAAGAUUCAAUGAUAUCACGAUCAGUAAAAUACCAAAUCAGUUUACAUUAUAACAUUUUCAAAGUUGUUAAAGAGGAGUUUCACAGGCGUGAUAACCAUACAUAUAAAUCACGCGGAUCAAGAUAAAACCAAGAAUUUGAUGAUUAUCUUGCAAGUUGCACCACAUUCAUGCAUGCAGAAGAUCAUGAGAUAAGCAUGGAGUGCAUUUUUGUUACAAUACA